AUGUCUGCUCCCAAGUUCGCCGGCCUUUCUGGCCCGUGGCUGAUGAGAGCCGUGACUACCAGCGCCACAAUGGGUUUCCUCCUUUUCGGUUAUGACCAGGGUGUCAUGAGUAGUAUCAUCGACGCCAAGCCCUUCAACGACGUCUUCACUGCAACGAGAGGAAACUCCACCAUGCAGGGUGUUGUGACUGCCAUAUACGAACUGGGUUGUCUGGCUGGUGCAGUCUUCAUCCUCAUUUUCGGUGACUGGCUCGGUCGACGCAAGUCAAUUAUGCUUGGUGCCGCCGUGAUGAUUAUCGGCGUCUUGAUCCAGGUCACUUCUUUCAGUGGUCACGUCCCCUUGGCCCAGUUCUGUAUUGGUCGAGUCGUUACCGGUGUUGGAAACGGAAUGAACACUUCCACAAUCCCGACCUAUCAAGCCGAAUGCUCUCGCUCUUCCAACCGUGGUCUCCUCAUCUGUAUCGAGGGCAGUACAGUGGCUAUCGGUACUCUCAUUUCCUACUGGAUCGACUUCGGUGCCUCUUACGGUCCCCCGGACCUCACUUGGCGUUUCCCAAUUGGCUUCCAGAUCGUCUUCGGCAUUUUCAUCAUCGUCAGUCUGGCUGUCCUUCCGGAGUCGCCACGGUGGCUGUUUAUCCGUGAGCGUUACGAGGAAGGUGAAACUGUCAUUGCUGCCCUCGCGGCCAAGCCUAUCAAUGACCCAGAGGUGCAACUGCAGAAGACCAUUAUUCUGGACUCGAUUCGAGCUUCUGGCCAAGCCACCAAGAGCACCCCGAUUUCGGCUGUUUUCACCGGCGGAAAAACACAACACUUCCGUCGGAUGCUUCUCGGCUGUUCGUCUCAAUUCUUCCAGCAGAUCGGUGGAUGCAACGCUGUCAUCUAUUACCUGCCCGUUCUCUUUAAAGAUUCGCUGGGACAGGAUGAAUUCAUGUCGAUGGUUCUUGGCGGUGUUAACAUGAUCGUGUACUCGAUCUUUGCAUGCAUGUCCUGGUUCCUAAUCGAGAGAGUGGGACGUCGCAAGCUCUUCCUCGCCGGUACCGUCGGACAAUGUUUAUCGAUGAUUCUGACCUUUGGUUGCUUGAUCCCCGGGAAACCGGAGCCAGCCAAGGGUGCGGCUGUCGGUCUAUUCAUCUACAUUGCCAGCUUCGGUGCAACGUGGCUACCAUUGCCGUGGCUAUACCCAGCUGAGAUCUCUCCGAUCAAGACCCGCGCGAAGGCUAAUGCCAUCUCCACUUGCACAAACUGGCUGUUCAACUUCCUCAUCGUCAUGGUUACGCCUAUCAUGGUCCGGAACAUCAAAUGGGGCACUUAUCUUUUCUUCGCCUGCAUUAACGCAUGCUUCUUCCCCAUUAUCUGGUUCUUCUAUCCUGAAACCGCCGGUCGCUCUCUAGAGGAGAUUGAUUUGAUUUUUGCCAAGGGAUACUGCGAAAAUAUGAGCUACGUCCGUGCGGCCAAGGAGCUGCCCUACUUAAGCGAUGAGGAGAUUGAACAGGCUGCAGUUCAGUACGGCUUCGUUCCUGCCGACACUGGUAUCUCCAGUAGCCAUGAGGAUCGUGGAGAGAAGCCAAGCUCUGCGGAAACUAGUGACGUGGAGAAGAAUUAA